UUGCAUCUUCGUUUUGUAUCAUCCCUAGACACAAUUCUACUAGACUUGUCACUCGACCAUCAUCAUCAUCCAACCCAGUUUACAAUGUCGAACUACAACAACGAUAACGAGGACUCCAGCUACGGCGAGGACCGCUACGCUGGAGAUGGCACCAAUGAAACUGGCCGCACGGGAGGCUCGGGCAACGAGCGCGGUAUCUAUGGAAGCUCUGGUGACCGAGACACCAGUGACACCUAUGGUUCGGGCAACCAGACCAGCUCAGGCUACGGGUCCAGCGGCCGUGGCAACGAUGAUUCGUAUGGCUCCAGCAACACUGGUGGAAACACGUUCGGCUCCUCUGGUCGUGACACCUCGGACACAUACGGCUCCAGCAACACUGGUGGAAACACGUUCAGCUCCUCUGGCCGUGACACCUCGGACACAUACGGCUCCAGCAAUACCGGACGGGAUACCUCGGAUGCUUAUGGUUCCAGUGGUCGCGACACCUCUGACACGUAUGGAUCGAGCGGUCGCGAUACUUCGGACACCUACGGAUCCAGCGGCAACAAACCAAGCGGCUUCGGCGGCAACAACGAUUCAGACAACUACGGCAGCACCGGCAACAAGCAGGAUAGCUCGUACGGGUCGUCCACUGGCGGCGGUGACUACGGUAGCUCCGGCAACUAUGGUGACAAGUCUGACAAUAAGGGGGACUCUAACCUGGGCAAAUUCGCUGAGAAGAUUGGGAGUGUGUUCGGGAGUGAUAAGUUGACCGAGAAGGGUAGAGAGAAGAGGGAGCAGAAGGGAACUGGGGAUGAUAAUUAUUAAAUGUUGAUGUGGUUGAGUAGGCAUGUGGAAAAGGUCAACGAAGUUGUGGGAAAUGAUCAAUACGAAAGUGGAGAAAGGACAUCGUUACAUAGCAAUAACAGUACCUGGGAUUGAACCCUAUUUGCUGUAUAAAGUGUCAUUAAAUCCACUAGAUAUGGUUAUGAACAGUGAAUCACGUUCAGAUUGAUACGGCAUGGACAAUGCAAC